UCUCUCUCUUUGUUCCCUCUCCUUACCACUUUGUUCAAAAAUUUAAAAGAAAGAACAAGAAGGACAUCACUGGUAACCCAAGAGCUCUUAGAAGAUUGAGGACAGCAUGUGAAAGGGUGAAAAAAACUCUUUCCUCCACUGCCCAGAACAACAAUUGAAAUCGAUUCCCUAUAUGAGGGAGUUGACUUCUAUACGCCCAUUACUCAUGCCAGAUUUGAGGAGUUGAACAUGGAUCUUUUCAGGAAGUGUAUGGAGCCCGUUGAGAAAUGUUUGAGGGAUGCCAAGGUGGACAAGAGCACUGUACAUGAUGUUGUUCUUGUUGGUGGAUCUACUCGAAUUCCCAAGGUUCAACAGCUGUUGCAAGAUUUCUUUAACGGGAAAGAGCUUUACAUCAACCCAGAUAAAGCUGUUGCCUAUGGUGCUGCCGUGAAAGCUGCCAUUCCUCCGCCGCCCAAAGAGAGAAUGAAGAGCUAAAACAUGUUUUAUUACAUUGUUAAUAGUUCCUUUGAAUUGUAUUUCAAUCUAUUCAUCUUUUUUUGGUGUAAAUAAAGUGAAUGUUCCAAAUAUAGAGCCUAAUUUUACUCCACUUUGUUUUCACGAUUUUUAUAUUUUGUUGUAUUUCAAUGUAUUCAUCCUUUUUUGUUGUAAAUAUAGUGAAUGUUCCAAAUAUAAAGCCUGUUUUU